AUGGGUAAUCGCCGACUACUGCGAGUCUGUCUGAACAUCAUGGCAACUGCAACGCGAAUUAAGCUGUCUCCUUCCGACACGGGGGUCUACUCUUUCGGUGUGAGAGAGGAUUCCGCCCGGGUUGCGAGCGAGCUCCUGCAGAAGAACAUGGAGAAACAUCAUAUUUACUUUAACGACAGGGGGUUCCAUAAUCAUAUCGUCCACCACCUCCUCAGUAUUUAUGCCUUGGGUGCGACUCCAGCACAACUCCAAGAUGCCUACGACAGAAACAAGACCUACCAGAGGCCUGCGAUGCCGGCAGAUGAGAAAGUGGUUGAGUCGCUGCGCAAAGACGCCUCUCUCGAGGAGUGUCUGGGCAAGGAGGAAAACUAUCCCAACUUCCUGGCUUUCUUCCAGCGGCAGAUUGACGAGAAGGGAGUGGAGAGUGUGCUGAACCAGUAUUUGUUUUCUGGUACGGGCAUCGCGGAACAGAUGUUUGUUCGGCUGUUUGAAGGCCUCAUUCACCCUCUGAUUCACCUGGGGUUUGGGGUUGAGUUCAAUCAGCCCGCAAUCAUCGCAGAGGCCUUGGCGCAAGCCGCGGUGCACAGGGACCGGUUUGGUCACUUUUUCCACCAAGCCGAGACGAAGGCUGGCGGGAUCGGUCAGCCAGGGGGCACGUCGUUGCCGGAGAUUGUAAAGCAGAUCCGGUCCUGCGAGAAACUGGCUCAGUCUGCCCACUGGGAGGACCCCACCCGGAUCCAUGAGGGCGUCCUCAUACGAGGCCUCGACGAGAUGGUCGACUUCGCUGCCAAGUUCCGCGUCCCCGCAGACAGCCUGCAGAUGAAGACCGCUGAGAUGAUCAGCAACGUGGUCUAUUACUUUGCUGCGGCACAGCAACCGGGGAAGCAGGCGAAGUUCGACUUCUUCUUUAUGCACGGCGUGAACAGCUCCCUUUUCUUCCCGAAGCUCAUGUCGCUCCCAUUCGUGGAUGUGCGCUACAGACAGCGGCUCCUCGAGUGGAAGGGCCGUCUGGAUCUCCUGCUCUACGUGGGUGGCGGCGCUCCUCCUGUGUACGAUGCUGGGCGCCCAAAACGGCCGCAGUAUGCCGCGGCGACGGAUCUGAAGGCUGUUUUUGCGCAUAGUGUUGCGCAUCCGCAGGACGAUGGACAUCUGCCCAAGUUGGUGAGGGCUUUGCUGUAUGGCCAGCAGGUCUGUGCGCCGUUCGCGAAUGAUCUAGAUCUUCCUGUCAAGGAGGAUGAUUGGCUGAAGAUUGUUAAUAUGGGUGAGUCGAACUUGCAAUUAUAG